AUGGGCGCACAAAGAGUCGCUAGACAGGAUAUUGAUUCCCUCAGGGCCUCCUUAACCUGGUACCUCAUCACCCAUCUCACCGAUCCGCGCGAAACCACAAGCUUCAACCCAGCACCCGGUGCGGAGCAGCCUGCACCGACUGUGACCGACAUAGAGAUAUGA